CCGCGGCCCGGCGUCGCCCAGAUGUGCGACCUCAUUGAGCCGCAGCCGGCCGAGAAGAUCGGCAAGAUGAAGAAGUUGCGGAGAACUUUGUCGGAGAGUUUCAGCCGCAUCGCUUUGAAGAAAGACGACACCACCUUUGAUGAGAUAUGUGUCACAAAGAUGUCUACACGGAACUGCCAGGGAAUGGACUCAGUGAUCAAACCCUUGGACACAAUUCCUGAGGAUAAAAAAGUCAGAGUUCAGAGGACACAGAGCACUUUUGACCCAUUUGAGAAGCCAACUAACCAAGUAAAGAGGGUGCAUUCUGAGAACAAUGCUUGUAUUAACUUUAAGACCUCAUCUGCUGGCAAAGAGUCCCCUAAAGUUAGGCGGCACUCCAGCCCCAGCUCGCCAACAAGUCCGAAAUUUGGAAAAGCUGACUCAUAUGAAAAACUGGAAAAGCUGGGGGAAGGAUCUUAUGCUACAGUAUACAAAGGGAAAAGCAAGGUAAAUGGGAAGUUGGUAGCCCUGAAGGUGAUCAGGCUGCAAGAAGAAGAAGGUACACCUUUCACAGCUAUCAGGGAAGCCUCUCUGUUAAAAGGACUAAAACAUGCUAACAUAGUGCUACUUCAUGACAUCAUUCAUACCAAGGAGACGCUGACACUCGUGUUUGAAUAUGUGCACACUGAUUUAUGUCAGUACAUGGACAAGCACCCCGGGGGGCUGCAUCCAGAUAAUGUGAAGUUGUUUUUAUUUCAGUUGCUGCGAGGGCUGUCUUACAUCCACCAGCGUUAUAUUUUGCACAGAGACUUGAAACCACAGAACCUUCUGAUCAGUGACACGGGGGAGUUAAAGCUGGCGGAUUUCGGUCUUGCAAGAGCAAAAUCCGUCCCUAGCCACACAUACUCCAAUGAAGUGGUUACCUUGUGGUACAGACCUCCAGAUGUCCUCCUAGGCUCGACAGAGUAUUCCACCUGCCUUGACAUGUGGGGAGUUGGCUGCAUCUUCGUUGAAAUGAUCCAAGGGGUUGCUGCUUUUCCAGGAAUGAAAGACAUUCAAGAUCAACUUGAACGAAUAUUUCUCGUUCUUGGGACGCCAAAUGAGGACACAUGGCCUGGAGUUCAUUCUUUACCACAUUUUAAGCCAGAACGCUUUACCCUGUACAGCUCUAAGAACCUUAGACAAGCGUGGAAUAAGCUCAGCUAUGUGAAUCAUGCAGAGGAUCUGGCCUCCAAGCUCCUACAGUGUUCCCCAAAGAACAGGCUAUCUGCACAGGCUGCCUUGAGCCACGAGUAUUUUAGUGACCUGCCCCCGCGGCUAUGGGAACUGACGGAUAUGUCUUCUAUUUUUACCGUCCCGAAUGUGAGAUUGCAACCGGAAGCUGGAGAAAGCAUGCGGGCCUUUGGGAAAAACAAUAGUUAUGGCAAAAGUCUAUCAAACAGCAAGCACUGACGAGCACAUCUCCCAAGAGCACAGGAUUAAGUUUUCAUCAUUCUGGAAAGGAAAAAAACCAACCAAACAAACAUUAACGAAGUGGCCAAUAUAUGAAGGAAAGCUUGGAACAGUUUCCUUUAGCACCCUGUGGUGGAUUUCACUCACAAGAAAAUUGAAGCUGGCAAGACCCUGUUUUCUCUGCAAUUUAUUUAAAACCUUGCACGCAUUUGGAUACCUUGUGAUUUCCAAGAACUCUGUGAAGAUUAAGCUUUGCUUACUGAUAUG